CCUUGCACGAUUCUCGGCCCGUUCGGCUUGGCUGAUGCCCCGAGACGGUCCUUCUUUCCUGGCCGAAAAGCAAAAGAACCGCGGUCUCGUGGGUGCCACCCGACAGUGCCGAGAGACGCCAUCACGCUAUGAGGACGGCUCUGUUGCUCUGCCUGCUCACCGCGGUGGACCGGCGCCAGAGCAGGGCGCACCAUCAACCCGCGCUGCCGCCGCCGCCGCCGCCGCCGCGCACUGACUGCCACCACCAGUACUGGCUGUACCAGCCAGCGUCCGCUGUGGGUGGCUUCCAGUACCCUCACUCGGGACACCAUGGCUACCACCAGCCUCACGGCUACCCAUACGCGCCCGGCUAUCAGCAGGGCUACCCCGACGGCCGCUACCCAGUCAUGCCACUGCCUCCACCCCCACCUCCACCGCCGCCCCCUCCGUCGCUGCCCUAUCCAGGACCCUGGGUCCCAUCAUACCCGAGGCAACCGGCACCGAAAAAUUUGGACCCAUUCCCGGGCAAAUUUCUUGGCAUGGGCACGGUGCGUUACCUGAACGGAGGACGCGACGUCGAGCUAGUCUGCGACCUACACGGAGAUCAGCUGGUUUCGAACGUGGUGUGGGUGAAGGCGACGCUUCCGCGGGGCCAGCCACCGGUCGCAUGGCGUCCUCCACUGCCCAGCUGCGGGCCGUGCUACUGCCCCGUGCAGUAUGGCUGUGUCUACCAGCCUCUGGACCUGGCCGACCGGAAAUUCUUCGCCGACUCGAGAGGACACCACGCCUCGCUGCACAUCUACGGGGUGUCGCCGGCAGACUACGGUGUCUACCGCUGCAGCGCUACCAGCUCGCCUACCGGGUCCGCUGCGGCCAACACCGAGACGGUCUACCAAAUCGUCCACUUCACCGGCUAG